AUGGGGGUGAAGGCCCUGAAGAACAGCCUGAUGAGGAGGUCCUCUCGUUCCCUGAACCAGGAGCCAGCUCCUGACUGGAGCACCACGGUCUACUGCACUGAGAGACCACGCACACACAGAGAGCAGGAGCAUCCGUAUGAGGUCUCCCGGAUUCGGCCAGGCCCCGUAGACUUCCCCCCUCCCCCCUUCACCCCAUCCCGGCAGAAGCACCUCCAGAGCGGCCCGGUGUACACUGACCUGUCCCCCGCGGUGAAGAGCAGCCCUGUGUACUCUGAGCUGAGGCUGGACAGUACCCGGCUGCACCCGGGCUGGGGGUCCGCGGAGGGCUACUCCCGACACCCGGAGCAGAGGCCCAAGCAGCUCAAGGCUCUGGACGCACAGGGCGGGGCGGCUCUGGACCCAGCCCACCUGGAGUACUGGCUGGAGGACGUGUACAGCCCUGGCUUUGACUCUCUGCUGCGGAGGAAGCAGGCUGACCUCCGCAGAGCUCGCCUGUGUAAGCUGGGCGCCCUCAUCACCGCUGCAACCUGCACACUGCUUCUGGUCAUUGUAGUCCCCAUCUGCACCAUGAGGACCUGA